GCUGAUGCACAAUCCAAGAUUUGGGCAAUGCAACUUGGAUUAUAUUCCUCAAACAAUCAUUUUAGCCUUGCUUUCCCUAUAACAAUUGCAUUUCCUGCUUUGCUCUUAGAGUUCAAUUAUGGCAGAAACGUUUCUGUUAGAUAUUGCACAAAGGGUUGUGGAGAAAAUAGCCCAUCUCUCCAUGGAAGAACUAGGCUUGGCCUUUAAUGUCCAAAGCGACUUGAGAAAGCUCAAGGAAACCAUGAGCAGCAUUAAAGCUGUGCUGCUGGAUGCUGAGCGGCAACAGCACCAGAAUGAGAAGUUGCGCCUCUGUAUGUGGAAGCUCAGAGACAUCUUUUACGAUGCUGAAGAUGUUGUUGAUGAUUUCAAGUGUGAAGCUCUCCGCAAACAGGUGGUCAAUCAUCCCAACAUCAGCUUCAAGGUUCGAUUUUUAGCUUCAUGCUCUCUGCCUCUUUCCUUCUCUUUCAAAAUGGGUCAUAAAAUCAAAUCCAUCAAUCAGAGGCUAAACGAACUUGCCACUGAAUGGAACAACUUUAAUCUAGGACAAGGUACCGACAACCGGCAUGUUUUUCACAGAGAAACUCACUCUUGUGUGAAUUCUUCUGAUGUCAUUGGUAGAGAUGUGGAUAAAGAGAAUAUUAUUGAUCUCUUGAUGAAACCAAGUGAGGAUCCAAACAUCCCUGUCAUUCCCAUUGUUGGAAUUGGGGGUUUAGGAAAAACCACUCUCACUCAAUUGGUAUACAAUGAUGAUCGGGUUACUAGAUGUUUCCCAUUAAAGAUAUGGAUCUGUGUCUCAGAUGAAUUUGAUCUUUCUAGAUUGCUCAAGCUCAUUAUUCACUCCAUAAAUAAGGGAGAGAAAUGUGAUAAUUUAACGGUUGAAGCCUUGCAAAUUUGUUUGAGAAGUCUUUUGAAUGAUAAGAAGUUUUUGCUGGUUCUCGAUGAUGUGUGGAAUGAAAACCGUGCGAGAUGGAUUGAGUUAAGAGAUAUAUUGGGAUCAAUGGAUUAUUUGUGUGGGAGCAAAAUCAUUGUGACCACUCGAAGUUUGAAGGUUGCCUUUAUAAUGAGUUCAAUUCACCCUUAUGAAUUGAAAGGUCUCCCUUUUGAAGAUUGUUUGACUUUGUUUAUGAAAUGGGCAUUUAAUAAUGAGGAUGAGAGACAAUAUCCAAAUCUAAUGAGAAUCGGGAAAGAAAUUGUGCAAAAGUGCAAAGGGGUUCCUUUGGCAGUGAGAACAUUGGGAAGCCUAUUGUUUCUGAAAACUGAUGAAUCUUAUUGGAUCUCUAUAAGAGACAGUGAAAUAUGGAUGCUUGAACAAAGUGAAAAUGAUAUUUUACCGGUGUUGAAGUUGAGUUACAAUCAUUUGCCAUCCCAUUUGCAACGAUGUCUUGCCCUUUUGUCAUUGUACAAAAAGGACGAGAUCUAUUAUAGUGAUCAAGUCGUCUAUCUUUGGAUGGCAAAUGGACUGCUUGAGCAUCCAAAGCAAAAGCAAGACUGGGAGGACGUUGGUGAUCAAUAUUUGAAUGAAUUGAUGUCAAGAUGCCUCAUCCAGAUGAACCAAGAUUAUGGCGAUGUGUUUACCUUCAAAAUGCACGAUCUAAUACAUGAUCUUGCACUAGAAGUGUCCCAAAAAGAGUGUAAAAUAGUGAAUUGCCAAACAAAAACCAUUGACGAAAAUGUUCGACAUUUAUCAUUUUGUGAUGACAAGCAGAUAAACGUUGCCCAAGUUUUUACUAAAUUGAAAAAUGUUCGAACAGUAAUGGUCCAAGAGGUUUCAAAGGAAUCAAAGGCUAUUCAUGAAUCUCUUGUAAGUCUUUGUGUCUCCAAUUUUAAGUACAUACGGGCACUUUGUCUACAGGAUUCACCAUUGACAGCUUUACCGUAUUCCAUUGGUGCCUUAAAACACUUACGAGAACUUGACUUGACCAACUGUUGCAAUAUAAAGAAACUUCCGAGUUCUUUCUAUAAACUUCGAAGGUUACAAUCAUUAAGAAUGAGGGGUGUUCCUUUGAUGCAAUUGCCUGUGAGCAUGGAAACCUUGAUUGAGCUUAGAUAUCUAGAAAUAACUAUUAAAGCUAAGAAAUUGAAAGGAAGUCGAUUAAGAAGUUGGACUUCACUUCAAUGCUUGGCAUUGGUUGAUUGCGACAAUUUAGAAUGUCUAUCUGAGGAAAUGAAGUGCCUCACCGAACUUACACAUCUAAUACUUCACGGGUGUACGGAGUUGAGUAACAGAUACCAUAUAAACGGGCGUUUAGAUUGGCAGGAAUGGCUCAAAAAGAAAAGGAUUCCAUUUGAUGAUCUAUUAGAUUAAAAUUUGAGGUGUAUGACAUGUACAUGAUUUGGAGGUUGCUUCUACUCGAAAUAAAAAGAGGUGAGCUUUUAUUUACUGCCAUAAAUAUCUCCAUUAACUAUUAUAAUUCGGCUUUUUAUAAGUUAUAAGCCUAUCCAAUGAUAUGAAUGUACCACAAAGUUGUUUUUUCUUGUCAUCUAUGCAUAACAUCCAAGUUGCCUACUA